AUGUCAUUUUUCUAAGACUUUAACAAAGUGAAAAAAUAACAAGAUAUUUUAGAGCUUUAGGAUCUACAUUAAAAAGAUGGAGAAGCAUAAGUCGCUAAGUUGACUUAGAUGGCACAUGCAAGAAUACGCAAUUUUGAAAAGGUUUAUCAUUAUAUGAACGAAGAAAUUAUUAAUAGUAGAUCUUUAAAGGGAAUGGAUGAUAUACCGGUGUUAGUCAAAGAAGCAAAAAAUGAUUUAGACGAAAUGCUAAAAAUAAUUUAAGAGAUGCAAUCUAUUCAACUAUUUAGAAAGACUGAGAAUGUAAAUAACUUUAUAAUUGACUAUUAGUCACAAAGAUAGCAAACCGUAUAGAAAUUGAUUCAAGUAUUCUCAGAUUCAAAUGAAAAAUUAAAAAAAUUAACCGAUUAGUUAUUAUCAAGAUAGUAAACAAGUUUAUAAUCUGCAAAACAAUCGAUCAAGGAACGUUAGAACGAUGCUUAAAUAAAUGUAUAAUUGUUAGAUGAAUUGCAAUAUGACGAGGAAUUUAUAUAAAGACGAAAUAAAUAGAUAAACGAAAUAGCAUAAGUUGUAUACUAACUAAAUCAAAUGAUGGCAGAGGGAGCUGAAAUGAUAAAAAACCAAGGACUUAAAAUUGAUAUCAUAAGUUCAAAUGUGAAAAGUGCCAAAGAAAAAGUGGAUGGUGCAUGUGUAGAAGUGAAAAAAGCAUCCUAAGUUUAAUAAGGGAAUAAUGGAAGAAUGUAAUAUUUGUAUUUGAGUGAGUUUAGGCUCUUCUUUUGUGGCAUCAUCACAUUAAUAGUUGUGAUUAUAGUAUUGUUGUUCAGUGCAGGUUCUAGACCUCAUACAGAUCCCAAUCCUUAAUAACCAUAAACAUAAAAUUGA